AGUAUUGCUUCAUUUGUUGUCGUAUCCCUGGCUGCUAUCAUGGAGACGAAAAAGACCAAAAGCUUUCUGCGCGGCGCCGCAGUGAGGGCUUUCUACGAUAUGAACAAACACCCUGAUGGGUAUCGCUUUGUUCGGCUUCAGGAGAGCCUCGAGAGGACAGAUGAUAUGCCAAUUAUAGGCCUCUCCACCGGUUGGUUUCCAGCUACAGUGGCUGAGGAGUUCAAUGGAGAAGGUGAGGUGUUAGUUCGAUUCCAUGGAUCUUUCGAAGAUCCGUACAGCGCAACGAGUCCUGAGCAAGGUCCUGUCAAGAACUUGCAUUGGAGAGUGGAUCCAAAUUUGGUUUCCGAGAGGACAUCGAAGGCCACUUCAAUUGAAUUGUCUCUAGUGGUUGUGCGAUGGAAAGAGUAUUUCACUAGGCAUUACACCAGCAGAAGCCACAACGUCCUGAAUGAAGACCUAAUCAAAGAUGUGCUUGAGGGACCAGGCUCAGUGAAAGAAGCCCUAGGAAGCAAGGGGAAGUAUGAAGUCUUUACCAUUUUUGCUUCAAAAUCAAAGCACCUUGAUCUCCUCGACUCUUCCAAAACCAAACAGAUCAUCUCCAGUCUCCGUGGUUCCCGAAAAGCUGCACUCUAUUUCUUGUGGCCGACGCAAAAGCCAGCACUGGAGCGAGAGGGCCGAGUCGCAGCAGGUUCUUUGCAGGGUCUCAUGCAGCGUAUGGAGGACGAAGGUGUCAAGACUUCUUGGCCGCAUCCGUGGAAGCUCUAUGAAGAUUUGCUGAGCAAGUCCUGGGCCUUUCGAGAAUCGAAGAUGCCAACUGGCAUUGACUUGCGAAUUCCUCCAACGACCGCAGUGUCAAGAGAAGAAUUGAGCCUUGAUGCAGAGGCCGCGGCAUCCACCGCCAUUCGAAAGCUUCAAGAAUUGCGGAAACAGCGCGGAGGGACACCUGCCUCCAAGGAAGAUUAUCGUGGGGUUGCGAAGCUUGGCUUCGCGUGGAUGGGCGAAGAGGUUCUUCCCUUCACUGGAGAGGCUGCCUUGACAAAAGCCUUGAAAAAGCUCCUUGACGGUUCUAUUCCUGAAGCGCAUUGCUUGGUGCAGGAGCGUGUAGAAGAUGUUUGCUGUGAGAUGCGGGCCUAUUGUUGUCAAGAUGCAGAACGUGGGACUUAUGCCAUCAAGCUGCUAAAUAUGAGAAUGAGGCCGCCAAAGCACCAGCAUCAGGCCUGGGAUGCAUCAUUUGCAAUGGCUGAUCACAGGACCAUGACAUCUGAUGAGCUCGCUCAGCAGUGCUUUGCUGGUGAUAGGAAGAUUGUGGAAAACAUCGAAGCUGAAGUCAAGAGACUUGCGUAUUUGUGGUUGGAGUGGCUUCGAAAUUACUCCCCACCAUCCGUGGUGCGCAUAGAUUUCAUGAUUUCACAAAGAAAGGAUCUGACAGGCUCAUCUGGUGCGUUCCAAGUACACACUUGUGAGCUGACGGAAUGUGGAGGUGCGACUUGUGGGCUUCAGGUUACCCCACGCACUGUGGCCGUUCUGAACGAUGCCAUGGGUGAAGCGGAAGGCUUCCCGAAGCCAUUACCUCCCUUUCAAGAAACGAAUGAGCGGAACGAGCAAAGAAAUCGGAAUGACAGAGACCGACCGAAACGUGCAGAAGCAUCAGCAGAAGGAGUGCGUGAUGUUCAACUGCCUGUACAAGGGCGUUCAUUCGGUGUGCUCGGGGCGUUCCUUUUGGCAUUUUUUUGCCUCCUUUGGCCUCGGUCCAAGCUGGGCGGCUUUGUAGCUCUGGCUGGAAUUGGCAUGUGGAAAGCUCGAGACAAGCUUCGAGAUUCUUGGACCAUUAGGUCCUAGGGCCAUUUGCUUGUGGUCUUGGAAAUGCAAAAAUAGGGCCCCAGCAUAGACACAAUUGCACAUUAUUGAAUAUUUGUUAUUCUUUGUUUGCAGCUCUUUGUCCAUGGUGAACUACGAGCGGAAACUUCCCUUUGAAGCAUUUGCAACUUAACUCUGGCCCCAGGCUCCUGCUUCCUUGUCAGUCAUAGAC